AUGCCUUCUCCCAUAAGCUUCGGAAUACUUACUGUCAGCGACAGCUCUUAUGCUGUUAACAGCAAGGAUUUGUCAGGUCCUAAACUGAAAGAAGAAAUAUUUAAGGAGUUUCCUUCGGCCGAAAUAACCAGAAUAAAAAUCGUACCGGACGAUUUGCAUAAAAUUAAGGCGACUCUUACAGAAUGGUGCGACAUGAAAAUCAAUAUAAUAUUCACAACAGGCGGCACCGGAUUCUCCAGCAGAGACGUCACGCCCGAAGCUACGCUAGCAGUGGUGCAAAAACAAGCACCUGGUUUAACCAUCGCCAUGAUCACCAAUAGCCUGAAGAUCACGCCGAUGGCGAUGCUCUCCAGGCCCGGGUGCGGCAUUAGAGACACCACGUUAAUAAUAAACCUGCCGGGAAGCCCCAAAGCGGUUUCGGAAUGCUUCGGCGUCAUCAAGGAAGCCCUGCCUCACGCAGUGGAGCUCCUAACCGAUCAGAAGGACUCGGUGAUUUCUACUCACGGUGCUGUCCAAAGCCACUCGAGAGCGUCUGUUGUCCCAACCACCAGCCCCAGUAAGGUGCAAUUGAAAGCUGCAUUAAGAGAUCGAGAAUCCCGCUACCCUAUGAUGGAUAUUCAAGUCGCUUCUGAGAUUAUUAACAAUAUUUGUAAAAACGACAAGAUAACCACAGAAAUGGUGCCGUUUGAGAGUUCGCUCAAUCGAGUUUUAGCAGAGGAUAUUCAUGCUAGCGAACCAAUUCCGUCGUUUGCAGCUUCGAUUAAAGACGGUUACGCUGUUAAAUCGAGCGACGGCGCGGGAAUACGUGUUGUAAAGAAAGUCGCAGCUGCAGGAGAUGGCCCGAUUGAUGAGGUUCUGCAGCCAGGCGAAGCGAUAAGAAUAUCAACGGGAGCUCCAAUUCCUGCGGGAGCUGACGCGGUGGUCCAAGUGGAAGAUACCGCAGUAGUUGAAUGUUCGAUUGAUGGUGCCGAAGAAAUUAAAGUGGAUAUCAAAAGAGCUCCAAAACCCAAUGAUGACAUAAGAGCAAUUGGAAGGGACGUGGCUACGAAUUCUUUGGUUUUAAAUAAAGGCAAAUGUAUCAAACCCUUCCAUUUAGGAGUUUUAGCCAUGUUAGGAAAAACUAAUGUUGAAGUUUAUAAACGCCCUUCUGUAGGAAUAAUAUCAACUGGCAAUGAACUAUGCGAACCCGGAGAACAACUAGCCCCUGGAAAAAUCAGAGAUUCAAAUAGAUAUACCUUGAUUAAUUUGCUGAAAAAUUAUCAUUAUGAAUCAAACGAUUGCGGCAUAGUUAAAGACAAGUACCUAAGUAAAUCUGACGUAUUUGAUCCUUUCUUUAAUGCAGUAAUUUUUAGUCCUGACGCUGUAAAGCAAGCUCUAGAAAAGAGUUUUACUCGUAACGAUGUUAUUAUAACGAGUGGUGGAGUCUCAAUGGGCGAAUUCGACGUGUUGAAACGGGUCCUCGUUGAGGAUUUUGAAGCUACUAUACAUUUUGCUAGGCUGAACAUGAAACCCGGGAAACCCACAACCUUUGCGACACUUAUGUAUAAUGGAGAGAGGAAAAUGGUGUUUGGUUUACCGGGUAAUCCAGCCUCCUGUGGAGUAACUUGUCUAUUAUUCGUUAUUCCUGCUCUACGCCUAAUGGAACAAUCUAUCGAUAAUAGUUUCCCUUUUAUUGAAAUACCAGCAAGUAAAUUAAAAGACGGACCUUAUAUUAAUAAUGAUAAUCGUCCAGAGUUCCGGCGGGUUAAAGUAAACUGCGAUUUGUCUGUAACUACCACUGGAGAUCAAAUAAGCAGCAGAUUAAAUAGUUUAGUAGGAGCAAACGGAUUGCUUCUUCUUGACCCAGGAGCAGGGGCUAAAACAUCAGACGAGUUCAUAACAAUAUUAUUUGAUGAUUUGAAUGUUGAAUUGAUGGAAUGA